ACACUUGAAGGUUGUUUCGAGUUUACUGAUAAUGCAAUUAAACCUUUGAUUGCUGCAGUGCGAUUUAGAAACUUACAGGACAAAGUUAUUUAAAAUUCACGCGUUAAUUAAAUAAUUAGAAUAGCGUACAUGUCGUUUAUUAUGUUGACGUGAUAAUUUUUCAUAUUUCGCGCCAAUCUUAUCGAUCUAUUAGUGAAAUUACAUCAAACACCGAAUCGUGCAUCUGAUCUCGAGAUAGUACGUUCAGAUGAGUAAGAUGGAAGGUGAUAAAAAGCGGUUCAUAGAACGCGGUUCCCAUAAAGGGAAAGGAUUAGCGGUGUUUACCAGCGGAGGAGAUUCUCAAGGUAUGAAUGCUGCUGUCAGAGCUGUCGUUCGUAUGGGGAUCUAUUUAGGAUGCAAGGUGUUUUUCAUCAAAGAAGGAUAUCAAGGUAUGAUCGACGGAGGUGACUAUAUUGUCGAAGCAAACUGGUCUUCUGUGUCUUCCAUUAUUCAUAAAGGAGGUACUGUGAUUGGUUCGGCGAGAUGUAUGGAUUUCAUGGAAAAAGCCGGUCGUAGGAAAGCUGCUAAGAAUCUGAUUCAACGUGGUAUUACGAAUUUAGUAGUAAUCGGCGGUGACGGUUCGUUAACCGGAGCGAAUAUGUUUCGGCAAGAGUGGGCCAGCCAUGUCGACGACUUGUAUAAAACGGGUGAAAUUACCGAAGAACAGUACAAGAAAUUUAAUCAUUUACACAUCGCCGGCUUAGUCGGAUCAAUCGAUAAUGAUUUCUGCGGCACAGACAUGACAAUAGGGACGGAUUCGGCGUUACAUCGUAUUCAAGAAGCUAUCGACGCCAUUGUUUCGACAGCUUACUCGCAUCAGCGAACAUUCAUACUCGAAGUAAUGGGUCGUCAUUGCGGGUAUUUGGCGUUAGUUAGCGCAUUAACUAGCGAAGCUGAUUACGUUUUCAUUCCUGAAAUGCCGCCGCCAACCGAUUGGCCAGAGAAAUUGUGUCGUAAAUUGGAUCAAGAGCGUAUCGCUGGUCAACGUUUGAAUAUAAUUAUCGUAUCGGAAGGUGCUAUUGACCGAGAAGGUCGAGCUAUUACCGCAGAUAUGGUGAAAAAAGUGGUCGUCGAUAGGUUAAAACAAGAUACCCGUGUUACCGUCUUGGGUCACGUGCAACGUGGAGGCAGUCCUUCGGCUUUUGAUCGAGUUUUGGGAUGUCGAAUGGGAGCCGAAGCAGUCAUGGCUUUGAUGGAGGCCACUCCGGAGACAGACGCCUGCGUAAUUUCCUUAGAUGGUAACCAAGCUGUCCGAUUGAACUUGAUGGAUUGUGUGAACAAGACGAAAGCUGUGGCUAAAGCGAUGGCAGACAAAGAAUGGGAUCUAGCUGUGCAACUCAGAGGAAGGAGCUUCGUUCGUAAUUUGGAAACGUACAAGAUGUUGACACGUUUGAAACCGCCCAAAGAAGCUUUCGACGAUCAAGGCCGUGGACUAGAGCGUAAGCUAAGUAAGCAAGAUACGUUGUGGGGUCAGGAAGGAUACACGUUAGCAGUGAUGCACGUAGGAGCUCCUGCUUGUGGAAUGAAUGCAGCGGUACGUUCAUUCGUGAGGAAUUGUAUCUAUCGAGGAGAUACCGUGUACGGAAUCCACGACGGUAUCGAAGGACUCGUUGCCGGAAACGUUCAAAUUAUGAAAUGGGCUGAUGUAGCCGGAUGGGUUAGUCAAGGAGGUGCGUUCUUGGGUACUAAACGUACCCUGCCCGGCGAUCGAAUGCCACAAAUUGCUGCCAGACUGAAAGAAUACAAUAUUCAAGCGUUGUUGAUCAUCGGUGGUUUUGAAGCGUAUCAAGCCGGUAUGCAGUUAUUCGAUAACAGAAGCUCGUUCAAAGAGUUUUGUAUACCUAUUGCUAUUAUUCCCUCGACAAUAAGUAAUAACGUUCCUGGAACAGAGUUCUCAUUAGGCUGUGAUACUGCUUUAAACGAAAUUACCGAGAUUUGUGACCGGAUUAGACAAUCUGCUCAAGGAACGAAACGUCGUGUAUUUGUUAUCGAAACUAUGGGCGGGUAUUGCGGAUAUUUAGCCACCGUUGCUGGUUUAGCCGGCGGUGCCGACGCUGCUUAUAUUUACGAGGAAAAAUUCUCAAUUAACGAUUUAAUUAAAGAUCUAUAUCAUAUGGCGUCCAAAAUGGCCGAAGGCGUACAAAGAGGCUUGAUUCUGAGAAAUGAAAAAUGCAACGAAAACUAUACCACCGAAUUCAUCGCACGUUUGUAUACCGAAGAAGGACAAGGAUUAUUUAGCGCCAGGAUGAAUAUUUUAGGUCAUAUGCAACAAGGCGGUUCGCCUACACCAUUCGAUAGAAAUAUGGCCACCAAACAAGCCGCCAAAGCUGUCGAAUGGUUCGUCGAACAGUUGAAAAAAUAUAGUCGAGAUGACGGCUCAGUUUACGCCGAUACUCCCGAUUCCGCUGUCAUGAUGGGUGUGAUUAGAAGACGAUAUCGAUUCACUCCUUUAGAAGAACUCAAAAAAGAAACCAACUUCGAUCAAAGAAUAGCCAAAAAACAAUGGUGGCUGAAGCUGCGUCCAUUGCUGAGAAUUCUAGCCAAACACGACAGCACGUACGAAGAAGAAGGAAUGUACAUUACCGUAGAAGAACAAGAAGUCGAUUUCGCUUAGAUUUUAUAUUUCUUAUUUUCGCCGGGAAAACAUAAAAUAAAAAAAAAUGUUAAUUACAAAUGUUUUUAUAUAGUAUCGUUCUAGUCUGAUAAUAUUUUUAAAAUUUCGCUAGAGCUUUCAACGCUGCUUCGCUUUAUCAAUUGCGAUGACCAAUUUGGCUGUAUUCAGAAGGGUUCUCGAAGGGGGUUUUUCGUUUCGUCUUUUUUUUGUUUUCUGUACGAAGUUGUUAUAGUAUUUGAUACGCAAUUUGUCGUCGUCGUCGUUUAAUAAUAUGAAUGUAUCUUCUACAUCAUUAUUUCGAUUAUAAUAAUACUCGAACAAUGUUUAUUUUUUUUUUAGAAGUCUUUGUAGUUGUUAUAAAUGCGCGCUUCAUGCUGAAUUUUUUAAUUUGUUUUACAUAUCAUUGUGUUUUAUGUUUUGCAACUAAAUACUUCUCUGGAAUACCUGUUGAAAUGCUGUAUUGUUUAAUAAAGUUUAAGUUGUUAUGUUUAAA